GAGAGAGAGAGAGAGAGAGCUGCGCAUGCGCAGCGCAGGAAAAGAAACCUCAUCCAGACUCUUCAUAUCUCCGAGAGCAAGAGCGAAGUGCUGCAACCCAUCGAUCUGGAGCAAGAGCCGGACAUUCGGGGGGGCUUUAUUCGUCUGCGUUUCCUCCGGCCAGGUGGGAUCUGCACCACAUCCAUCCGUCAGAGCAGCCAUGUCCAUGGGGAGCGACUUUGGGAACCCUUUAAGGAAAUUCAAACUUGUUUUUUUAGGGGAGCAGAGCGUUGGUAAAACCUCAUUGAUUACACGGUUCAUGUAUGACAGCUUUGACAACACUUAUCAGGCAACAAUUGGAAUCGACUUUUUAUCAAAAACCAUGUAUCUGGAGGAUCGAACUGUGAGGUUACAGUUGUGGGACACCGCUGGUCAGGAGCGUUUCCGAAGCCUCAUUCCCAGCUACAUCCGAGACUCCACGGUGGCUGUGGUUGUGUAUGACAUCACAAAUGUGAACUCCUUCCAGCUGACCUCUAAAUGGAUUGAUGAUGUCAGGACGGAGAGGGGGAGCGAUGUGAUCAUUAUGCUUGUGGGCAACAAAACAGACUUAGAAGAAAAGAGGCAAAUCACGAUUGAGGAGGGCGAGCAGAGGGCCAAAGAGCUGAACGUGAUGUUCAUCGAGACUAGUGCUAAAACAGGCAGCAAUGUGAAGCAGCUGUUCCGGCGAGUGGCCGCUGCUCUACCUGGGAUGGAGAGUCUAGAUGAAACUAACAAAGAGGGCAUGAUCGACAUCAAGUUGGACAAACCGCAGGAGCCCCCGGCCACCGAGAGUGGCUGCUCCUGUUAGUACAGCGUCCCCUCAUGGACACCAUCAUUUACACAACCUGCUUGUUCUGUUGCUUCCCAUGGGUCAGCAUCCAGUUGAACGUAACGAUUGGACAUAGGCUUUUUACAUCCGAGUGAGUGGCCCGAAAGUUAUCGAAACUCUCAGAUGUAAAAAUCACAUCCACACUGUCAACACAGAUGCUUAAGAAAGGACAAAAAUAUUACGUAUACUUACAAAACAAGGUAAAGACAUGCUGCCGAAAUUACGUAGGGAAUGAAAUGACACACGUUCCAUUUUUUUUCUCUGACAUUUCUUGGAAAAAUUUCACGUUACGUUACGUUUUGUAUUUUUGUACAUGAAGUGAAGUGCAAAAUGAUGCCUUCACAGAUAUAGUGAGUAUUGAACAGGCUUAGCUGCAGCGUAUAGGGUAAUCGUUCUUUCUUAUACCCCAUGCAUGUCAGUCCGGUUUCCCCUACACGUUAUUAGUAAUUAAGGAAAGGACUUGGAGAUAAGGGGAAAGGCAGUGUGGCCUUACUCAGGCCUGUCCAGAUAAAGUUGAGGCAGUGAAAAAAGUUACUUGAUUCUAAGGUGUCGUUUCCACGUGAACGAAAUAUAUUACAUCAACACAGUUAUGUAAAUUAUACACUUUUGAAUUGAGUCAGUGCAAUGCAGCACUUUCCUCCGUGUAGAUUUAGCAAGACAUACUAAUAAUUUACUGCAUUUUUUUGUGUUUUUAUGUGGUUUUAAACACACACCUCGACCGGUCACACAUUCACUGCCCCCCACCGUAGGCUUUGCAUCUUUUUUUGGUUCAACUUAGUAAACUGAGCCGUCCACAGGUACGAUGAGAGUACAGUUCAAAAAGACUGGAUGCGUUUUCACUAUUGAGAUCAGCCAUGCUGUACUGUACUGUACAUAGUAUUUGUAUUGUCAUUAACAUCCACCAAAAAAAAGGUUAGUGUUCACCUGUAUGAGUACGUUCUGGAAUGAUAAGGGCUUCACCUUCUUUUUUGGGGGGGCGAGGGGGGGGGUGUCUCUUUCUCUCCCAUGUUAUGAUGUUGAGCAUUUUGCUGUUAAUCCUUAUAUGUUUACCCAUCAGACAGUCGUUUAUUUAUUGAUGUAUUGUUAUUAUUAUCAUUAUUAUCCUUUCUUUUGUUUUGAAGACAGCUAAACUGUUUCAGAUUGCAUUGCAACGAGGGAAAAGUGACAUCAGGGCUGAAGUGAGGAGGAAUAUUCUGAGGAUAUUAUGAGGUUUUUGUCUGUGUCUUCGCUGCUUUUGUUGCUGCACUGCGAGCGGUGGCCAGUGAUUUUGUUUGUUUCUUUGGUUUUUUUUUUGGUUUUUUUUUACCUCUAAUACAUGCACUUUGUUCCGGUGUCCUGAAAGAAGGAAACAUGUCGUUGUCCACGCCAUAAAGUGAUGAAAUACGAUACGUUUUGUCGCGGUCCCCUUCGUGAGUGUUUACUGUAGUGCGGUCCGUCGUCCUUCGAGCACAUUUUGGGUACGUGUGUAAGGUGUAAACACGAAACGAUUGUUGUUUCCCAUAUGAAUGGACACUUUCCUGUGUGGAUAAAAGUCCUCAGAUCCAGACAGGAUGUACUAAGCAGAGCAAAGCUGGGGGAGAAUGUACAGAAACGUGGUUCGAGUCCACUCUAUAAGAUUCAGGUCAUUGCACCAAUAUGUUAAAGGAAUGUGAACUGUUUACUCACAGUAGUAGGACUAGUAUCAGUACUAUUUCGUUAUAAUGUCUUAUUUGAUAUAAUAUAUAUAUAUAUAUAUAUAUAUACAUAUGUAUAUUUCUUUUUUGUUUACAUGAAUGCACUGACGCCACUGUGUAUAGACGUUUAUAUAUUAAUUUUGGCUGUUUUCGGCCCUUGUAAAGAUGUUAAGGUUAGGUCAGUUCAUUUCUAGUGCCAGUAACUCUUCCACUAGAUAUGAUAUAGCUAGACUAGAAGAAUGACCUUCGUUUUGAUGGUCAGGAAUUAAUGUCAAAGAAUCACUGGAAACCUUAAAUCUUGUCACAGCAGCUGACAGUUAAUGAAGCCACAGGAAUAAAUAGAUUUUAGACUCGUCACAUAAUAAUUCAUCUCAUAUUUAUCUCAUAUUUAACCUGUACUGUCCAGCCUCUUCCUUUAAUACCUUCCACUUUUGUGACACUAGUGUGCCUUCUGUUAUUCUAACACCAAAAUGCAAAGCUCUCAUCGUAUGGCUAUAACCGCGAACAGGUACGACGUGGUGGGGUGGCAGUCAUUUCAGCCGGGAUGGCUGACCCCUGCGCUGGAUGGAUUUAAGACGUUCGUGUGAUGAAAUCAUUCCUUUAGAGAAAUCCUCUGUUCACUCUGUCCAUCAGUGAGGUCGAAAGGUGUAGCAGGUCCAGUGUGAGAGGAUGCUGAGAGUGUGUAUGAUCAUAGGCCCCGGCAUUGCUGUAAGCUCGCAGGGCAUGCUGGGAUUGUGGCCAUGGGCUUGAGCAGAGCAGUGCAGUUGGCUCUCUAUUCAUUCUGUAUGGACAUUUAUGAGCAUGACAUCUGUCUGAAAAGAUCAAUAAACUCUACGUGUUGAUACCACAA